AUGCAGUCGUUGGCUUCACAGCAACGCGGAAACGGAUGUGCUUGCUCAAAUGCGACUUGGAUACAAAGAUUGGAAAUCCAAGCUGGCAUCUUUCCAUCUUCGGCAAAAGAACACAUUUCCAAUGCCGCGAGAGCUGGUGCCACCCACGAUCGAGAACCCCCUGGGGAGAAAAGCAAGCUCGGUCCUCGAGCAUUUGAGGGAAUGGCAGGCCCUAAUAUUGUAGGCGAAUACUGGGCUGUCAACCAAAUACUCGCGAAGCAGCUGCACACGACGGACGAGGACAUCCUGAACUACACAACAAACUUGAUGGAUAAGCUCGAGCAGACGAAAUCAGAACACGCGACCGAAGACGCUAUCACAGACGACCUAGCGGGCCAGGCGUACGUGGAGCAGUUUGCGCAGGAGACAUUGGACCGAGCGGAACGAGUGGUCAAGGCGAAUCGGGUUACACAACAAACCGCGACCACGUUCGACGCAGCGGCGACCUUCUUCCAUGUCGCUAAUAUUUGGGGUCCUGUGGAUCAAGAGACACAACAGAAGAUCAAGUACGCCAAAUGGAAUGCGGCACGGAUUGUGAAGGCAAUUCGAGAUGGAAACGACCCCAACGAAUCGAAUCCGAGACACGAAGAGGCGCCCCAACCGGAGCUAGAUCCGAACGACCCCGCGGUUCAGAGCUUAGGCGGCGCUUCGCCAAACACAGGACCAAGGCCCGUGACGGUGGAGGAUGUCCCUGACUCUGAAACAACCAAGGAUGCGUCAGGCGUGUCAUUGCCGCACAGCCCAGUCCUGGGCGAGCCAUCUCCAAUUUCUGACGGUGGGCUCCAACUCCCAGGGGUCCCAACAGAUAUGGCCGAACCUUCGCCGUCUAGCUACUUUGGCCCAGAGGCAUCGAUAACCCCGCCGCCACAGCAUCCAAGUUACUCCCAAGCGUCUCCCAGCCUCCCGGCCCCGCCAACCGGAUGGGCUCCAUCCCAGCAGAGCCCAACAACGAGUCUUCCACCGACAGCAUGGCAACAAGGCCCUGUUAGCCCAACCGACUCUGGCUUCUAUCAGCAACCUUCAGCUCCCACAACGAUACCCCCAACAUUCGCCACAAGCCCUCCAUCAACAGCUGCAGUAGCAUCUCCGCCUGUUAGUCCGCCAACCAAUCCUUAUUACUCGAAUACCACGAGGCCGACAGCCCCACCGGUAGCCCCGCCGGUUAGUUAUGCGCCGGUCCAAUCUGGGGGCUUCACGACGGAUGAGGCGGCGAUGGUCGGAGCACAGAAACACGCCAAGUGGGCCAUAUCGGCUCUCAACUUCGAAGACGUGCCUACGGCGGUAAGGGAAUUACGAGACGCGUUGAGGUUGCUCGGCGCCACGUAG